CCACAGCGAUCCUAAGUGAAACUGGAAGUGGUUGAUUAUCUUCCUGAGGAGGGCAGGAGGCUGCUCCUUCAGUGAUCUGAAACUCCCCCCCCCCCCCCCUCUUGCUGGUUUUCUCUGUGUCUGUCACGGUGGAUCAAUGCGAGAGUCUCAGUUUCACAGAAACUCCCAUUCAGUCUUUCUCUCGGCAGUGCUCGCUUGCAAUACCUAGGGGGGCACAUUUCAACCUUGUUUAGACCCCUUGUCUCACAGCGGGCCCUUAGCGCAGUAUGUGGUAGUGGAAGAGACCGGGGUUCGACUGGUCGGGCUCGAAAUGUCGCUGGAGGUGUAGAAGGUAGAAAAAUCACCACCUUUGACCCCCCUCCUUUCGUUCCCAAGCUUGUUGCUUUGCGAAGCGGCCUAAAAACACAAAAUGUCGACCAGAACGCCAUUGCCCACUGUGAAUGAGCGCGAUACUGAAAAUCACACGUCGGUCGACGGGUACCAUGAACCUCAUGUCCAGCCUUCGAAGUCCAGCAGCCGGCAGAACAUUCCCCGCUGCCGGAACUCCAUCACCUCCACCACUGAAGAGCAGCCGCACAUCGGGAACUACCGGCUGCUCAAAACCAUAGGCAAGGGGAACUUCGCCAAAGUCAAACUGGCCCGACACAUACUCACUGGAAGAGAGGUUGCUGUGAAAAUAAUAGACAAAACACAACUGAACCCUACUAGUCUACAAAAGUUUCACAUGACCUUGCUUUCUAAACAGCUCUUCCGAGAAGUAAGGAUAAUGAAGAUCUUGAAUCACCCGAAUAUAGUUAAAUUAUUUGAAGUAAUUGAAACAGAGAAGACACUUUAUUUAAUAAUGGAAUACGCCAGUGGGGGCGAGGUAUUUGACUACUUAGUUGCACAUGGGAGGAUGAAAGAGAAAGAGGCAAGGGCAAAGUUUCGACAGAUUGUCUCUGCGGUGCAGUAUUGCCAUCAGAAGCGCAUUGUACAUAGGGAUCUAAAGGCAGAAAACCUGUUGCUGGAUGCUGAUAUGAAUAUUAAAAUUGCUGACUUUGGUUUUAGUAAUGAAUUUACUAUCGGUAACAAAUUAGACACAUUUUGUGGAAGCCCGCCCUACGCUGCCCCUGAACUAUUCCAAGGAAAGAAAUACGAUGGACCAGAGGUGGACGUGUGGAGUCUAGGAGUCAUUCUGUAUACACUAGUUAGUGGAUCAUUGCCUUUCGAUGGCCAAAACCUAAAGGAACUGAGGGAAAGGGUGUUACGAGGGAAGUACCGUAUUCCUUUCUACAUGUCCACAGACUGUGAAAACCUGCUAAAAAAACUCCUAGUACUAAACCCAGUGAAACGAGGCAGUCUGGAACAAAUCAUGAAGGACCGGUGGAUGAAUGUUGGUCACGAAGAGGAGGAGUUAAAACCGCAUACUGAACCAGAGCCAGACUUCAGUGACACUAAGAGGAUAGAUUUAAUGGUGACUAUGGGGUUCUCAAGAGAUGAAAUUACAGAGUCUUUAAUUGGUCAGAAGUAUGAUGAAGUAAUGGCCACUUACCUUCUACUAGGCAGAAAACCUCCUGAGUUUGAAGGAAGCGAGUCUGUAUCCAGCAGCAACCUGUGUCAAAGGUCACGGCCCAGCAGUGACCUCAACAACAGCUCCACACAGUCCCCAGCGCACUCAAAGGUCCAGCGCAGCAUUUCAGCCAAUCAGAAGCAACGGCGGUUUAGUGAUCAUGGUGGGGAUGACAUUCAACCAACUGGCCCAACCAUUCCUCCGGCCGUGUCGUACACUAAACGAGCUCAAGCGAACAGCGUGGAGAGUGACCAGAAAGAAGAAUGGGACACUUCCCGCAAGCUCGGCACCACGACUGCAAGCUCCAAAGGGGAUAUGCCUGCAAGUCCACUGGUCGGUCCGGACCGGAAGAAGUCUACCACCGCCACUGCUCAGAACAAUGUGCUUCCCGGAGGAGGGAUGACCAGAAGAAACACUUACGUGUGCGAGCGCUCCAGCACUGACAGAUACUCUGCUAUACCAAAUGGGAAAGACAGCAGCCUAACUGAAAUGUCCGCUUGUGCAAGCAGUACUGGUGCAGCAGCAUCCGCCGUGCCCUCUACCCGGCCGCGCCAUGUCAAGUCCAUGUCUGCCUCCGGGCACCCAAUCAAAGUCACGCUGCCUCCCAUCGAGGAUGGCACGGAGGCCUACAGACCAAGCACUGCAACUCCUCGGGCCCCUGCUGCUUCUCCAUCUGCCCACAGCAUUAGCAGCACCACUCCGGACCGGACCCGAUUCCCCCGUGGCAGCUCCAGCCGAAGCACUUUCCACGGGGCCCAGCUCCGCGACCGCCGCAACGCCACCUACAACGGGCCGCCCGCCUCGCCCACUCUGUCCCACGACACAGCCGCACUGUCGCAGGCCCGGCGGGGCACCUCCACUGGCAUCAUCGGCAAGAUCACUUCCAAGUUUGGACGCAGAACUAUGUCUCUCAGGUUCUCCAGAAGGGGUCAAAGCGAGGGUGAAGCCAGUGGCAGAACUGACACGUCAAGGAGCACCUCAGGGGAACCGAAGGAGCGGGACAAGGAGGAUGGCAAGGAUCCGAAGCCACGCUCUUUGAGGUUCACCUGGAGCAUGAAGACCACCAGUUCCAUGGACCCCAACGACAUGAUGAGGGAGAUCCGAAAAGUGCUGGACGCCAACAACUGCGACUACGAGCAGCGGGAGCGCUUCUUGCUGUUCUGCGUGCACGGCGAUGCCCGGCAGGACAACCUGGUCCAAUGGGAGAUGGAGGUCUGCAAGCUGCCCCGCCUGUCCCUCAAUGGGGUCCGCUUCAAGAGGAUAUCUGGCACCUCCAUCGCCUUCAAAAACAUUGCAUCCAAAAUCGCUAAUGAGCUGAAGCUGUAAAAACAGGACAACUGCAUUCAUUCAUGGGAUCAGGGUAUAGGUUCAGACAUGAUGUACAGUUUCCACUGUAGUCGAAUGUACUGGUAUUGCGGCUAAUAUGUGUUUUGGCCAGUAAAAAAACAAAAACAAAUAUCCAACCUCCUCCAUCCCCCACGACCCCAUGUAAAAUAAUACUGUAGUUAGAAAAUGACCCUCAUUGCAAUAAAGUUAUAACUUAGUUUUUAAUCUGUGCAAUUUAGUUCUGUAUGCUGAACUGCAGUAGCUUUUUUUAAAAAUUUUAUUUUGUUUUUCAUAUGUACAGGUAAGUAUAGAGCAUUCUGUUCAUAGUUUAUGUUCAUAGUUGUAUAAUACGAAAAGAAUCCUAUAGCUUAACAUCUUGUAUAGUUAUCUUGAUUUCUGUACAAAAUUGUUCUAAUACUGUGUAAUUGAGUUGAAGAAAGUCCUUCCCUAAUAUUAUCUGCAUCUGUUAGAUUAUUGUUUUGUUUACCUCCUCUUUGUGAAGUUUAUAUUUUUAUUUUAAAUCUCAUAAUAGUUUUUUUUAUAUAUAUAUAAAGAGUUGUCAAUAUUAAGAGAUCUAAAUUUAAAACGCCACAAAGUUUUUGUGGUGUCAUCCCUGCCUGAUUUUAAAGGAUUCAUGUUUUAAUUUGGCCUGUGUUAUCAUGCUACAUACAGUAGUGUUAUGAAUUCUUACAGCCGGUACACUGAAUACAGCAGCACAACCCACAUAGUUCAGGAGCAUUCCCACAAUGUUAAACAAACUGGCAUCAAAGUCCUCUGAACCCCUUUUCAAUGGAACAUCAGUCUACUAUUACAAUAGCUGUUGAAUCACCUGUUCAGUGAUUGUACGAUUUCUUGUCCCAGUGUAACUUGUUUGUUCUGAAUAUUUUAUCAGAUUUCUUGUAUUUAUUCCACAACAUUAUGCCUGUAAUGUGCAGCUUUGUAAUUAUUAGGCAUUCACUAUACAAAAAAAAAUAUGAUUAAGAAUUUUUUUUUUUUCUUCGUAAUUAGCGAUUAUAAAAGUACAUAAAAACCACUAGUGCUGGUACUUUUAUACUUGUUAUUUUGUACUUAAUUAACUGUAGAGGUUAACUGUGCAAUGAUAUUUCAUGUUGUAAUUACUGUAAUAUUGACAUAUGGGCCCCAUCCGCACACUUUGUUGUGAAGAAUAGGAACAUAAUUUUAAUUUAAAAAAAAAAAAAAAAAAAUUAAAGCUGUGAUAAUCUCUGGAAUCAUGAUUAAAUCAGAACGGACAUGGAUCUUGCCAUCCCGCGGUGGCAGUAUAACACUAUGAGAAGGACUGUAAAUACUGUAUUGUAGUGUGUGAUGUAGCUUCCUUCCUGUGACAGUUCUGUUCCAGAAUGGACGUUCAUUUUGUUGCCUUAGCUGAUGAUAAUGCUCAGAAAAAAAGAAGGUAAAAUGUACCCCCUUUACCCAGUGUUCAUUCAAGGGAGUUUGAUGCAAGUCCUCUUGAUUCAGUCUCACUGGUGCACUAUAUUAAAACUUACUUGAAAGGAGUCUCAAGCUGAAAAUGUCGUUGUUACUGUGUUGUGUCAAUUCAAGUUGUUGUUUCUUGAUGUUCAUUUUAAGGGGUCUAUUUAAAUGAUCUAAACAACAACGGAUCUAAAUACUGCUAUCAAUUUUGGGAUUGCAUACCACUGUAUAAUAGUAUAUUGAGUAGAACAACUUUUUCUCUGCUGUUUGUACGUAUAUUUUAACUUCUACACCAGUGUAUUACUAUAGGAUACCUUAUUAUUAUUAUUAUUAUUAUUAUUAUUAUUAUUAUUAUUAUUA